AGUUUAUUGUUUAACGUCUUAAGUUGACAUAUAAGUAUAAAAAGGUUAAAAGUGGACCUCAAGAAAGCGAAAACUACUAAAUAUUAAAAUGAAAUUGCAGUUUUUUUAAAUGGCUUUAGCUGAAAGUCUUCAAAUGACUCCCGUGUCGGUGGCUCCCUUUAAUGGAAUGGAAAACAGUCCAACUUCUCAAAGGUCAAAUCAUGUGAGCUCCGUGCUGCUUUACGGAGUGCCGAUUGUGUCAUUAUACAUCGAGGGCCAGGAGCGCCUCUGCUUGGCGCAGAUCUCCAAUACUUUGCUGAAGCAAUUCAGUUACAACGAGAUACACAACAGAAGAGUUGCGCUUGGCAUUACCUGUGUACAAUGUACACCCGUCCAAUUGGAAAUACUGAGGAGAGCUGGCGCCAUGCCAGUGAGUUCCCGACGUUGUGGAAUGAUAACCCGAAGGGAGGCGGAGCGACUGUGCAAGAGUUUCCUGGGCGACAAUACACCUCCGCGGCUACCCGACGACUUCGCCUUUAACGUCCAGCACAAAUGUGCUUGGGGCUGCCGUGGAUCCUUCCUACCCUCUCGCUACAACUCAUCCAGGGCCAAGUGCAUCAAGUGCUCGUAUUGCGGAAUGUUCUUUUCGCCCAAUAAAUUUAUUUUCCACUCACAUCGCAUAACAAGCAAUGACAGGUAUGUCCAGCCCGAUGCGGCGAACUUUAAUUCCUGGCGUCGGCAUAUGACACUGAGUGGAAAUGCGUACGAUGAGAAGAUAAUACACGCGUGGGAAGAUGUCAAAGCCAUGUUCAAUGGCGGCACACGAAAGCGGCUCGUGAGCAGCAGCAUUAAUAGUCGAAGCCUGGGCUCGCCAACGCCAUCGGCGGCCGUCAGUUCCUGUAGCUCCCCAACGAAUCCUGAGCGAGACGUCAAGGAAGGCGACGGCGAAUCGGAGUCGCCGGAGUUUCCACAACGUCAGAUGGACAGUCAGUACAACUAUAGUACCGUGGCUGCAGCCGCCGCUGUAGUUGGAGUAACUGCAGUAGCAGCCGCAACUGUCGGCGUUCCGUUCAACUUGCACGGCUCCACAGUCCUGUCACCUUUGCACUCGCUUCGGAAUGAACGGGACCUUUCCCUUAUGCCAAUUUCCAGAAACUUUGUAGUGGACUACAUGUGGCAGCACAAGGAUCAGCACUAUCAACAGCAGUAUUCAAAAAAACUUGGUAGCGGCGACCCCAGCGAACAAAGUCUGGACCUUGAAUCCUGCCCCCGAUCAUGGGUUAGACCCGACACGAAUGUUCCAGUAACGACUGGAAAUUCCGUUCGACUUUCGGAUAAUACUUCUUUCAACAUAAAAAACGAGUCGCACUCGUCUAUUUGUGGUAUUAUUAAAAACCGCAAGCUAUCUGGAGUUGCGAACAGCGGGCUAAACCUUUCCGAUUAUAACAUCCCCUCGAUUCUUAACUGCUCUGCGUUCAAGCCAGUCGUCGCUUCAACAGCGAUUGUGUCAACUUCCUUAUAUACGAGAUCUAGUGAUUCAAAACGAAUCGAUUAUAUCCACCCAACACAGUCUACAAGAACUACAACGGUUCUAACCCAUAACAGUAUUUCAGGUUCCUCGCACCAGAUAGUAGGCCAUGAGACCUUUUCGCCAAUUUUAGAGAAAAUGGUACCUAAUACGGAAAGAAAGUCAACAGCUUCUGUUUUAGCCAACGGUGUCACCAGGAAUAUAGAAGAUAAUGACGAGGAUGACGAAGUAGUGGAUAUCGAGACAACGGAGGAUGAGGGUAAAUUCAUAGUUCAACAUAUUGACGCCUCUCGCACGUCACCCGAUAUUGUAACUGAAAGCGAAAGUACCAGCCUUUCUCCGUCUACAAGUACAAAUAUAGAUGUAGAAGCGGACGUCGAAGUAGAUGUCAUUACAACAGACGCUGAAGAUCAACUAGAGUUAAAUGCCAGCAGAUGCUCAAUUGAAAAUACAAGUCAUACAUUAUCCAUAUUUCAAACUGAGAAAAUAAAGAUGUCUGGUUCAUCUCCAAAUUCAAAAACCAUGUUAGGCGGCAAUGAAGUAACAAUAUCGGAGGACUCGAAAGGAUUUAAUGCGCAUUUAAAAAUUAUAACUCGUCGAAAAAACGAUAAAAUGCUUACAGAUCGAAGUUUUUCCAAAAAAUCAGUUUCAAAACUUGUUGAUAAAUCGAUUUCCAAGAGUUUAGCUGCUAAAGAAGUAUCAUCUAGCUUGCAAAUACAGCAGCGUGUUGCCUUUCCAGUAUUUUUAAAAUCACACUUGCACUCUUUUCGACCACAACAAUCUCGGCAAGCGACCUUCAGCCCUAACUCUCUGGCGGAGUCCAAUAAGUGGAGUUAUCCAAUCGGCAGUAUUGGCCCUGUAUGUUGUUAUGAAACUUCCGCAAACGAAAAUUGUGUAGAUUUUAAGUAACUCUAUAUAAAAUCACUAAUAAGUAUGACAAUUUAUAGCAACUUUCUAAAUGCAUUGUUUAAACUUUCACGUAAAUGCUCAUUAAAAGAAUCGGAACAAGA